AAAAGACCGUGAGUACACGAAAAAAUUCAUCGGCCAUCGUUUCUAGCCCCUGUUACGAGAAAAAGGUGCAGUAUGACGAAGCCUAUCUCGAUCUACGAGCUUGAAGGCGCUCCCAAUCAGUUCUUCAGCCCCUUUUGUUGGGCGUCAAAGUUUGCGAUCGCUCACAAGGAGAUCCCCAUCGACACCAUCCGCUGGAAGUUCAAGGAGGGCGACAAGAUCGCCUUCUCCAACCAGGGGCUGGUGCCAGUCAUUGUUGACCCCAAUCAGGACGGCAAGUGGGUGAACGACUCGUGGGCCAUUGCCAAGUACCUUGAGGAGACAUACCCAGACCGCCCCUCCCUCUUUGGCGGACCACAAGGAGAGGCGGCGGCUCUCUUUGUGCAGAAGUGGUGGUUGAAUGGGCCCGUAGUGACACUGAUGAAGGUUGUGAUGCUGGACCUUCUGAACGCGCAAACUCCCGACCUGCAGCCCUGGUUCCGGGAGACGCGCGAGGCAAAAUUUGGCAAGCUCGAGGAGUUUGCAACUGGGGCGGCGGGCGUGCCUGAGUUCCAGAAGGCACUGGAGCCGCUGCGGCAGACUCUAAAGGAGUACUCCCACCUGGGCGGCAAGAACGGGCCCUCCUACGCAGACCACUAUAUUGCCAGCUUCUUCAUGCUGGCGUAUGCCAUCUCCCCAGUGAAGCUGCUGGAGAAGGAUGAUGUCAUGUACGCCUGGCGUGAGCGCAUGAUGUCAGCGUACAGCGGCAUGGGCAGAAACGCCGUUGGACACCCGGAGUCCCUGUGAGUCAGCUGAUGAGUCAUUGUGGUCAGGCAAUGAGUCAGGGAUACGUUGAAGCCCGAUCAGGCUUUAGUCACCAUCCUGCUGAUUUAUCGCAAGGAGAUGCCCGCAGAUACUUUCUGAGGGCAUCUUGCAGCCAUGCUAAGCCUCUUCUAUCUUGGCACUGUGCUCUGCUGUGGUCAUACUGCAGUGUAUCAAGGGACCAUCUGACAUAACAAAGGACUUCACGUGCACAGAUGGAGAGCCACGCAGGAUUCGAACUGCGAUGGGUCUCGCUGUGGAUGUGCAACUGAUUGAUCUAGAGUUUGUUAUGGCAGACAGCAAUCCACUGGCCUGCCUCCUCAAGAUGAGGGCCUGUGGGAAGCUGAUGGCCUUGACACUUUGAUAUUGAGGAUUUUGAAGUGACCUGAGGCCUUAUCUGGGAUGGGGCAUUGUUAUGUUUGAAGCCCAUACGCAUACCAUGUAAUAUAUAUUGCAAUGCUACUUGUCCUUCAGUUCUUAAGGUCCUGUAAAACGUGACUGUAU